CGGCUCCAAAGCUUAAUUUUGCUGGCAGAUGCAAUAUUGCCGAAAGCGGUAACUAACUAACUUGAACCAACGUCUUCCUGUUCCAACCACGCUUCUUCUGACAAUCCGCGAGUGAUGCCAUGACCUGCGCGUGACCCUAACUGGCAUUAUCUGGACUUUUAUUUAACGAUAUACGCUGAGUUAUUUGGUUUUUUUAUUCAAUUUCAAUUACAUAUUCAGUUUCCCGGCUUUGGCGCAUUUUCAGUUUCGAGAUGGGUAAAUUAACGAGUACUAUCGGAAUCCCCAUCAAGCUCCUCAAUGAGGCGCAAGGCCAUGUCGUUACAUUAGAGAUCACUUCCGGGCAAGUCUAUAGAGGAAAGCUGCUUGAAGCCGAAGAUAACAUGAACGUCCAACUUAAAGAUAUUACCGUCACGGCUCGCGAUGGUCGUGUUUCGCAUCUUGACCAGGUCUACAUUCGGGGGAGCCAUGUGAGAUUUUUCAUUGUACCGGAUAUGCUGAGAAACGCACCCAUGUUCCGGUCGAGAGGACAACGCGGCAGAGGUGUUGGUCUGGCGAGAGGCAGAGCCACUGUCAACAGAGCUCGGGGUCAACGGAGGGGUUAAAAUGACAUUGUUUUUCUAGUAGUGAAUAAUUGGAGUUAUUCUUUUUUCGCGGAUGAAUGAAAAUUUGAACGAUUGGGCGUCUUCUCGUAUCAGGCCGUCUCCACGGAAUACAGGUGCCAUUCUUCUGAAGUUAUUUCAGCUAUACGUUUACAUGGACUGGUCCGAAAAUAUGGAUAAGAAAAGGGACGAAAUUAGCAAAUUGGAGCAAUAUAGAUACCAUUUUCUGUUGAAACAGUCAUGGGUUUGUUCAUUAGUGGUUGAAAUGCGGAUUUCAUAUUCCCUAAAUAACUGCUAGUUAGAAUGAAAAAAGUCUCCAUAUGCCAUCCCAGAUUAUAGUAAAUGUAGAUGUC